GUCAUCAGCGUGCGACGACUGUUGUUGUUGUCAAAAGAUGGAGGAGGAGAAGAAGACGACGACGACGGGCGGCGGGUUUCACGGCCGCUGUCGUCGUGAAAACGGUUAAAAAGACGCCAACAAUGGCGACGAGGAAACUGAAGCGAGCCGGCGUUUCAAACGAGACGUGCGAGCAACUGAAGCGACACCGAGUGGAAAGUUGCAAGGACCUGCUGUCGCUGAGCCCCGUGGAGGUGAUGACCGCCGCGGGGCUCAGCUACCGGAGGGCCUCCGAGCUGCUGCGGACGGUGAGCGGGGCCGUGGCACCGCCUGUCGUCACGGCCCUGGAGCUGUGGAGGCGACACUCCUGUUUCUCCACGUCGUUGCCCGCUCUGGAUCGACUGCUGAGGGGCGGCCUGCCCCGCGGGGCCCUCACGGAGCUCACGGGGCCCUCCGGCUGCGGGAAGACGCAGGUGUGUUUGAUGCUGAGCGUCUUAGCCACUCUGCCGAAGAGCCGGGGCGGCCUGGACAGCGCCGUGAUCUACAUCGACACCGAGUCCGCCUUCUCCGCCGAGAGGCUGGUGGAGAUCGCGCAGAGCCGGUUCCCAGACCACUUCGGCUGCAAGGAGAGGGUCCUGCAGAUGGCCGGGCGGGUGCACCUGUUCAGGGAGCUCACCUGUCAGAACGUCCUCAACAGACUGGACAGACUGGAAGAGGACAUCAUCUCGACCGGAGCGGGUCUCGUCAUCCUGGACUCCGUGGCCUCCGUGGUGAGGAAGGAGUUCGACACGACGUUGCCCGGAAACCUGCUGCACCGCAGCGACAUGCUGGGCCACGAGGCCUCCACCCUCAAGUACCUGGCCCACCAGUUCGACAUACCUGUGGUCCUCACCAACCAGGUCACGACGCACGUGCGCGGUCAAGGGUCGGCGGGGGAUUCUGCGUUGGUGACGGCGGCGCUGGGGAACACGUGGAGUCACAGUGUCAACACGCGUCUCAUUGUCCAGUAUGUGGACGCGCGCCAGAGACAGAUGCUGAUCGCCAAGUCGCCCGUGGCUCCGUUUGCGGUGCUGAACUACACCGUCGAGAAGCAGGGGAUCUGUAUGGAUGGAGAGGACAGUGAGGAGGUCCUGUAUGAGGGCACGGAUCCAGGCCUCCAACCAAUCAGGGUGCAGACAGAGUUCUGACUAAACCUGUGGACCGGGCUGAACAAACGCAGCCGUGUGCGUGUGGCAUGGUUAUUUUAUUAAAGUCAAUACAUCAUUUCA